GGACAAUUUUUUUAACUUUUAUACUAUGAUUUUUUUGUCUCUACUAAGCUCGGCUACAGAGGACAUGUCCUCAGAUAUGAAUAUUGCUGAUACAUGUCCUCACUUGUCAUACUACUCGUCUAUACUACCAAUACGGGCGCUGUGUCGUGGUGACGAGUGGACGUGUUUUUAAGUGCUCUCCGCAAUCUCUCAGAAUUGCUCUAUUUUAACCACUUACUUUACGAUUUUGGUGUUCAUGCUUUUUACAGUUUAUAUUGACUAUUUCAUGCUCAUUAUUUGGUGCUUUUUAACGUUUCUCGCUGUUGUCUUUUCGCAUGAUUUUUUAUGUUUGUCGUGAGUACCCGUCUGUCUUGUGAUUUGGAUACCGUUUGUGCUGUGAUUCGUCCGUGCAGUGCUGCUGGCAGGCUGUUGCUCUGUGAUUCGUCUUGUUGAGGCCUAGCCUAGCCCUGGCGGCCAUUUUAAAUUUUCGAAAAUUCCGUUCGUCUUUUUGGUGUCUCAAGCAUUUUACUGUGGACCUCCUGUGCGCUGUGUAUCUGCAUCAAAUCUUGUUUAAAGAAACUCCAUGAUGUCUACUACUACUAUCAAUAUACAUCGAAUUAUUUUUAUGUUUGCUCUACUCAAAACAACAGGACAUGCUAUUCAGAACCUAAUGGAAGAAGGCAGGCCUAACAUUAACAAUGUCUUGGUGGACACUCAACACAUCAAGUGGGUAUUACUUCCCUUUCAUAGUCGUCAACUCAUUAUUAGAAUGUGCCUAUCAGAGGGAAAUCGUCAGAUUCCUGCUUCUCUGCGGUGACAUUGAGAUCAACCCUGGCCCCAUCAACACUAUUGAAAGCAAUAAUUGUAGUAGGCCUAGUAGUAGUUCAACUACCCAAUACUCAUUAUCCACUGCAUACCUAUGUGGUACUUGUAAAGAAUCUGUCACCUGGGAAGACAAAGGGAUAAUGUGCGAAGAAUGUGAAACCUGGUAUCAUAUUGACUGCCAAAACAUUAAUGACGCAUCUUACGUUAGACUAGGGGGUUCAAGUGUUGUCUGGACCUGUCUAGUGUGUGAUGCACCACAUUUUAGUAGUACUCUUUUUGACCUCCAUGAUGUGGAGUCUGAAAACAGAUAUAGUGUACUUGAAGACCUAAGCCUAGGCUCACAAUCAUCUCUCGAUUUUGGACAUCCUACAGCAGCUUCCUCUCCAACUAAGCCUAAACCAAGAUCAGUCAUUGGGCCCCGUCCAUUACGGAUUGUUAAUGUUAAUUGUCAAUCCUUAAUUAACAAAAAAGCUCCAUUCUAUAACCUACUCGACAGCACCAAACCUGAUAUUAUUAUUGCAACCGAAACCUGGUUUAACAACAGUAUUGGCGAUGCCGAGUACUUCAGUUCCCAAUACAGUGUGUACAGAAAAGACAGAAACUCCACAGGUGGUGGUGUACUUGUAGCUGUUAAUAGUGACUUCAUUAGUGUUAGAGAAGAAACCCUUGAAAAAAAAACACUUCGGAGUCAGUCUGGGUUAAAAUCAAUAUUACAGGAUGCAAAACUUUAUAUGUUGCUGGCUAUUAUCGUGCUAAUGUUAAAGACGAAAUCACUCUUGAUGAUCUAGAUGACGCAUUAUCUAAGAUUUCGAGUAGAGUCAAUAACCUCAUACUGGUUGGAGGUGAUUUCAACUUACCAGGAUGGGAUUGGGCAACUAAGACACUUAAGCCAAGAACCCCUUACCUGAACCUCCACAACAAGUUUGGGGAAAUAUUA